UUUUAGGGAGAAAAAACAACAACCAGGAAGUUAACGAGCAACAGGAGGGAACGUAGGCUGUUCAACAGGAACAUCAAACUCGCAUAAUCAAUAAAAACGUUUUACAAAUUGGAUGCAUCGGGAUUAAAUAAACUAUCAUUCUGGUGGCGAUAAUUAAGGACUGAAGUUUGACAAAAUGGAUAAUGAUCUGGAGCAGGGAGAGGUGGUGGAGCAGGACAAGGUGAGGACCCUGCAGUCUCAGGUGGAGGGAGUGAAGGACAUCAUGACCCAGAACGUGGACCGGAUCCUGGCCCGGGGAGAGAGGCUGGACGACCUGAUGGGCAAGUCAGAGGACCUGCAGGCUGGGGCUGAGGACUUCAAGCACACGUCCCAGAAGGUGGCUCGCGCCUACUGGUGGAAGAACAUGAAGCUGUGGGUGGUGAUCGUGGUCAUCGUCCUCGUCAUAAUCCUCAUCAUCGUACUGCUCAGCACUGGCGUCAUCCCAACCAGCUCCCCUGUUCCCCCACUUCCCAAACCUACUAAAAUAUCAAACUAGUAAUGUUUUUCCCCACUGUGUUUUAGCUGAGCUGGUUACUAGAGAGGAUGUUAGUGGGGUUUUUUGUUUUGAAAGAUGGGGAAAAAUUAGCUGCAAUGGUAUAGUGAAAGAAAGGGGGAAUUGAAAGAGGGAAUGGAGAGAGAACCUGAAGAAGCAUGAGAGCCUUUUGACCUCUAUCAUGACCUGAUAAUCCAUCAUACACAAACUGCGGGAACUCUCUUGUCAUGACCCAAUGAAGGUUCUCAUGGUCCCUGUACUCAGGCCUUGGAAACCCUGGCUAACUCCAGUCAACUUGCUGUGAGAGAGGUGGAAUUGAACAGCUAACAACUCCCCCUGCUGGUCCAAACGAAUAUCUCAAGCUCCUAGGACUGCUGUCAGCCAUGUCAUAGCUUUGUUAAUGGGUUCCUCUCAUAGAAUAGGCCAAUGGCUUUCAGAUCAAUUGAAAUCAAUUGUAAUUCAGCAAUUGCUCAACUAUUUCUUCCCACUUAAGCCUUCAUCCCUCAAAUUAAUUCAUCCAGAUAAUGAAAUCUUAACUAAAUUAAAACGGUUAAUUGCAUAGUAGCUUUUGGUAGGCCUACCUGUAUUCUUUAACUACUUGUGCGUUUUAACUUAGCCCACUGCCCACUCCAAUGUUACAAUACCAGCCAAGCUUUGGAGAGGUCAAGGAGUUAACUCCCAUGCUUGUAUAUAGUUUUCUUACCUGUAUAUACAUUUGUAAAGCACCCAUAUGGGGCCCUAAACCAUCCCAGUAGUGUAACAAUUAGGUUAAUUUGAGGCUAUUUAUUAAUGUUUUAUUUUUCUCAUCCCUACUGAACAUCUUUUCUUUUUUCUUUUUCAAAUGACUGUAUUAAUGUUGUUUUUAAUCAACAAAAUCAAUGAAGGAGAAUGAUAUUACAUGCUUGGAUUCAAAAAUACCUACAUGCCUCAAAUGCCUAUUACAAUAUUUGUAUAAUGGGAAAUUAUUGAAAUUACAUAUUGCCUUAAUUCUUUAAUUAAAAGUAUGACAAAUCCAUAUUUUUGCUGUUUAUCAUAAGGCUGUCACCAUAAUGUGCCUCGCUAGAGUCCGAUGAAACAUAUGUGUUACUUUCUCCCCCCAUCCUUAAGAUUGUAUUUAACCCACUCAGUGUCACACCUCUAUUUGAAUCCCCUGCCUCUGGCAAUGUGGGAAACAGAGUCCUAUCAGUAGAUAUGUGGGUUAGAGAUAUAAUUGUAUUUUAGACCGGUAGGAUUUAUUGGGAAUUUGGGCCAGUUUCAAUUGCUAUAGAAUUAUAUUAUUUUGUUUUUCAUUCAUUGAUUAAUUGAUGGAGUUCAAUCAUAUUAUGUCUGAUUAAUUAUACAAUAAAUAGUAUUUACACACGCA